AUGCAAACGAACCUGUCGGUUCCUCCCCCGUCGGGCGGGGCAAACCAUCGUCAACUCAUCAGCAUCAUCAUCAUCAUCUUCUACAUGAUCAUCUUCACCGUCUUCACCCUCAUCAGCACCUGUUCCAUCAUGCCUCUCAACAACGCCGCGGCUCGCCCGACCAAGACGGCCUUUCGCACGCAGCACUUCCACGGCCUCGAGAUCAACCCGCAGAUGCGCAUUCACUGGAACCUCAAGGAACGCAUCGUCAUGCUUAGCCACAUCGCCAAGCACCAGCUGACGAACCUGUCCGUCGACUACCGUAUCCAGGAGCUGCACCGCCGGCUCGGCAUCAGCAACAUGGGCCAGAAGUACAUCGAGGUCAUAUACCCCCGCCUCUUCACCGCGCUAAGGGCGCGCAUCGACAUACUCAGGUCCAGCCCAGAGCACAGUCCGAUGCUCGUCGGUGUCGUCGAAAAGGGCGGCCAGAUGAGGUUCUACCCCAAGUUCAUGGAUACCUGGGCCCGGCAUGGCUGGGACGGCGACAUUUCCAAGCCCCCGCAUCACGAGGUCGACCGGCAGCACGACGAUCAGGACGAAGCCUGUGUGAUACUGGACGAGGUGGAGCCGGAGCCGGAGCCGGAGCCGGAGCAGGAGGGACAGCAGCAGGAGGGCGACGUCCGGGAUGAACGCGAAGCCGAUGACUCGGUCGUGCGAAUCGAGCUGGAAGCAGAUUCGGCUGCCUCAAUCAUCUCGCCCCCGACUCCGGCUCCCGUCGUCAUCCCUUUGCCCGGCCUGGCUCCAGCUCCAGCAGGAAGCCUCGGCAAACCCCCUCCGUCGCUCAGGCGCCCCAACGGACCUCCUCAGAGCAGGGUCGAGAACGGCUUUGGUACUGGACGGGAACAUUUCACAUUUCAAGGCGCUGCGCCGCCGUUGCGUCCCUUCCAGAGACCCGGCGCGGCGGGCUCGGCGGCCCGCCCAGAUUCUCAUCACCGGGCCGGCCUCCGCAGGUCUCGCGUCUUCCAUUCCGGCGGCUCCAAGAUCCCUCUUUUGGUUGGCGGGGUACCCAUGCUGCCACUACCACCACCACUAUCACCACCAAUCCCGGGAUUCGCUCAUCAACAACACCUGGCGCGCGAUGCCGCCGCCGUCACCGCGGCGCUUGCCGGGUCCUCGCCCCGCCGACGUGCGCUGGUACUCGCGACGCCCUGCCACGUCACGCACGAGAUGCUCAAUCAGUACAAAGCCUCUAUGAUGCGGCUCGUCGAGCUGGACAUGGAGCGUCGGCUCUGCGAGGUCGAGGCGGUCAAGUACCGCGUCCUGGCCGACGCCGAGACGGCCGAGGCGCGGACGCGCAGAGCGAGACAGAUCGUUGCAGACGACGCCUACGAGGUGCGCUCCAGGCUUGUCUAUCUUGACCGCGAGCUUGAGAGGAGGGGUUACACGUCCGGCGGCCAAGGGCUCGGCCUUGUAGCCGCCUUAUCCCUGGUAUCCCUAGGAUUGGCUUUGGAGGGGCCGGCAUGGAGCGGCGGGAGGUGA